CAGAGUUUCAUCAUUUUUAUUUUUUGAUCAACAACGUCUAUUAAUUAAUCAUCAUGAUGAAUAGGCAAAGUAGAGGAGUCGGAUCGCAGAAUUCUAUAAUGUCUUCAUCAUUGCCUGCCUCUGGGUUUCAAAGAGAAUUUGCCAAGAAUAAUAUAAAUAAUAAUAUUAACAAAUCUCCUUCGGAUUUGACAUUUGAAAAAAAGGAUUUGUCAAAAGCAAAAGUAUCAGAGGAAGCACCUGUUAUUAUGCAAUCAAAGAGGAAAAGAGUUGCGAGGAAGAGAAAUUUAAAUCUUGAUUCAUCAUUAUUCUGGGACAUAUUAUCGGAAAGUAAACAAUAUCUUCAAUCUUGUAGAGAUGCACAAAAGACUAUUUGUAUUCCUCCUGAUGAUGAAUUGAAUUAUGUAAUUAAUACUUUGAAAUAUUCUGGAGCUAAAUUUCAAGCCUUUAUGAAGGACCACAUUCUUUCCAAUUCACCAUUGUUCAUUGGAGAAUAUGUUACCGAUAGAGGAAAUCAAAUUUGUGAAAAUUCGGAACUUUAUGAAAAUUUAUCCAGACAGAAAAAGAAGAAUGUAUCUCUUGCCUCUCUCGGAGUUGGUUUUAAUUCAACAGAAGAAAAUUCUUUUGAUUUUGUAAAUGUAUUGCAAACAGGAAAGGGAUUUAGUAAGAGCUUUAAUGUUUUUGUCUUGAAAGAGGAAACUUGUUAUAAUGACAAAUAUCAACCCUAUAAGGUCUUGUUUGUUGACAAGUGUAUAGCAGAUGAACAUCAACAAAUAUCAAUAGGAGCACUCAAUGAGUAUAAUGAUUACUCUGAAAGUGGUAGUGAAGCAGCCAAAUGGACAGAAAAACGACCAACAACUGUUGAGGAAUAUCAUCAAUUUCUUCAAGAUGUCAACUAUAAGGCCUAUAACGACAAACUCAAACGAUCAAUUCAACAUUUUAAUUUUAAUUAUUUAUUAUUACGAGGAUUUCACAGUUCAAUACCUGACAAGAUUAUGGAAUAUUACCAAGUAAUUUAUGGAGAGUUUCAAAAUGUGAGCUUGUCAACUGAGGAAGAUAAGGAUGUUAAGAAUGCUAUACAUGGCGUUUUAUUGGAAGGAAUUUAUGACAAGUUAUUCCCAUUUUUAGAAAAGUAUGCCUAUUAUUCAGAGGACAAGAAUUUCUUGCAUGUUUGCAUGUCAAUUAAUGCUGCUUGCUCAGUUUUGGAAGACGAAGAAACAGCUGCAUACGAUUUAUUUGAUGUUUUGAGUAUUGGAAAUAGUUUCAGAUGUGAUCAAUUGGAAGCUAUUACAUUCCUUUCUGAAAACAUUAAUUUAGCAAGAAAUCCAUUCGACAAGAUGAAAUGUAUAAAAAAUACAACAGACAAGAUUGUGAAUAGUAUUUCGAGAUUUAACCAAGCGAAUAGCAAGACUGAAUUUGUUACCACCGAUGAUAUGAUCCCUCUCCUUGCUUAUGUAUUAGUAAGAGCACAAAUUCCCAACAUGAUUACCAAUUUCAAUUACAUGCAAGAUUAUCAAUUGGAAGAAGAACAUGGAGUUUCAGAGUAUGGCUUCAGUGUUACAACUCUCAAUGCUACAAUUUAUUAUUUGAAAGAGGAAAUUUAUGCCAAGGAUGAAAGCAAAUGGAAAAAGUAUAGAAAACUUGUAGAAACUCCCAAAAAAUCACCUAGUCAACCAUCACUUAAAAAACUAGAUAUUGAACCAUUCCUUAAUUCCCCUGUCUCUCCACUUGUAGAUUCUCCACUCAAUUCUGAAAGUAUCAAUGAAUCAAAGCCAAGACCUUCUCGUUCGUUUGUUUCCUUUGAUGGUAAUGCAGAUACUUCAAUUACAGAUAAUUUACUUUCGGCUGAUGACCAAUUAUCUGGACUCCUUUCCCCACGAGAUACUCAAAGAAGUUUAGCUCUCAAACAAAAACGUCAAGAGGAGCGAGAAAAGAGAAUGUCAAUACGUAAAUUAGAAUCCAUAGCCGUCAUUAAGAGUUUCGUCCUCGCUCAGCCAGCAACAACAAGCAGCAAAGAUAACCUUGCCAAUUCAAACACAGGCAGCAAUAGCUCACUCUCCAGACAAAAUUCAAUGCCUUAUGGUUUACCCUCUCGAAACAGAAACAACUUUUAAAUCAUCACCAUAAAUCAUACCACAUGUGAAACAUUCAACUAUCUAGGAUGUCUCACUCAAUAAACAA